AUGGCAGCAAUUCCCUAUUGGACAAGACUUCACAAGCAUCUGAAUGAGAUUCUGGGAUGUUGGGCGACUACCUUCCCAAAUAUCGGUCUCAUCCUGUCUCUCAAGUUCCUUGGAGAAACCUUCGACUCGAAAGUUUUCAUAGUGUUCCAAACGGGACUGACAAUCAUGGUGUUCUCUGUUUACCUGAUUGUUCUGUUCUUGACGAUCCUGGCGAUUUGGAAAGGUCUAGUCUUGAUGAGCGACGAUAAAUCUGUGUACCUGGACAACAUUGGACUCUCCGACGAAAAGCGAGACUUAGAGAAAGGUGGUCACGGUUCUGCUCACGAACCAGCUCAUAAGCACUAG